CCUGACUUGAAGUCAUCUUGUACUGCCCAUAGUUUCCUUCGCCUGGUCCAUCUCCGUGCAUCAUGCCCGGCUCGCCCCCUCUUCAGCGACAUGUUUCUACUAAAGCCGAGCUACUGCAGAAGGCGCUCACACUACCUCUUGAGCUGAGACGAGAACUAGCCACCAGUCUUCUGUGGUCAAUGCCAAGGAAUGAGGUACUCGCGCUUAACGAGAGGCUUAAUAUGAUGCUCCAAAAGGACAUUGUGGGGCUUUUACCUCCAGAACUUGCGUUUCUGAUCUUAUCCAGGCUGGACCUCGGUGACAUCUUGAAGUGUAGUUCCGUAAGCAGGACUUGGAGAAAUUUGUGUAAUAAACAAGCUCUUUGGGCCCUACUCUGUGCCACCAACUCCCCUCCCAUUCGUCCGCUACCCAUUUCUUGGGCAGAGUUAACUACCCAAUACUCCCUUCCACCUCCCACGGACGAUAUCGAAGAUCCGACAUUCGAUAUAUCGUUAUCUGAUGAUCGCCUCAGCAACCAUUAUGACGUUAUAGAUGGACAAGGAGGGAUGGGCGGUGGUGGUGGAAUAGAUCCCUUAGGCAUGAGCGGAGGAUUGAGAUGGAAUGUCUGGGAAAGAGGCGGGGCAGGCAGCGGAGAAGGCCUUCCUGUGCAUUUACAAAGGUCGGCUGUGAAUGUCCAAGAAUUCAAGAAGAAGGAGGAGCCGCCCAUUACUUCACAUCUCGCUGUUCCAUCAGCAAAUCCACAAGCUAAUUUCAAGCACUUAUACAUUGUGCAUCAUAUCUUGGAACAACGGAUGAAAACUCCUAGACCUAUAGGCAUGGCUAAUUAUAUGCCAUCACCUCCCGAAGAGGUAAAAGUCAACAUGCCUUCACUACCACCAGUCCCUCGACCACGGACCAUUGACGCGAUAUCGUCUAUCAAAUACGGUGGCCUCCCAGGUCACUCUGAAGCAGUCUACUCGCUAUCCCUGAUCAGCCAUUCGAUGCGGAUCAACAUGCUUCAGGCUUGCCCAGACUGUCACGUCCAGCUAGCACCACCUUCUAACCUUUCUGGCAUAACAGAAGGACAAUUCCGCCUAUCCGUGAUGGAAACGCUCAGCGGGGCGGGCACUUCUCCUCGACGUAAACUACCAAAUUUAAGUCAGGCGGGAGGAACAAGGGACCUUGUGACAGGACGAGAUUGGCUUUUGUCUGGUUCUCGAGAUAAGACCUUACGGCUCUGGCAACUUUCCCCUGCUCCGCGGGUUGUCAAGAUCUUCCAUGGUGGCCAUACUGGCUCCGUAUUGACCCAUGCUAUCGUCAAAGUCCCUUGCUUGCCUUUUAUUUCUUCCCCACAAUCCAGAUUCUCUAAGCUUGAAAUCGGAUCUUCGGCCAAGGAAGCCAAGGAACGAGUGAAGGUGAUGGCAGUGAGUGGGGGAAGCGAUGGUAAAAUAUGCCUUUGGGACGUAGAAGGGGGGAAUGGAGAGCCAGAAAAGUGUGUUAAAGCCCACGAAGAUUCGGUGCUAUGUGUCAGAGCAGACGAUGAAAGAAUCGUCAGUUGUUCUAAAGACAAGACGAUCAGGUUGUUUAGUAUACAUACUCUUGAACCGCUUUUGGUAAUUGGUGGGACAGCGGAUUUAUAUUUACAUCGUGGUGCUGUCAAUGCAGUUGGACUUUCGAAAGACUAUAUCAUCUCUGCUUCUGGCGAUAAGACUUUGCGAGUGUGGUCAAUAAAGACUGGAGCAUUGCUUGCUUGUAUUGAGGGGCAUCAUCGCGGUAUUGCCAGCAUUGAUUUCUCGCCUCUUCCUCCCUCCCCCAUCAAUCUCCCAGAUGGCCAGAUAUUCAGAGGCCUUAUAGUUACCGGUUCCUCUGACGCUUCUAUCAGGACCUUCCAUCUCAUUGAGGACCGGAUUCCAGAUUUACAGAACCUCAAAAUGGGCCACUCUAUGGUCACUUCCGCAACGGAUGGUUCUGAAGACGGAUAUUCCCAGGCCAACACGUAUGGUAUUCCUACUGAACUCACUGGAGAGGGACAUAAGGUUAUCCUAGUGCCUCAAGGAUCGUUCUUCUCUCCUUGCAUUUGCCCACCGGGAUUGUCCAGAAUGGAGGGAGGUGUCUGUAGGAGAUGUUUCAAUAGGGGACACCUUGACCUUGUCCGCACAGUCCACUUUGGGAAAGGGGUCAUUUUGUCCGGCAGCUACGAUGCGACCGUCAAGGUAUGGUCUCCGACAGGUGAAAUUAUCGCCGACCUUCAUGGUGCCCAUACUGGAAGGGUGUUCUCUGUCGUCGGCGACCGCAUGCGCAUAGUGUCGUCAGGUUUGGACUGUCGCAUCAACAUAUGGGAUUUCUCGGAGGGACUAGAUACAUCAUUUGUGGCACCAUGAACUUAAGUCUGUGUUGUUGUAACUAACAUUAGUACAUAUGUGUUAUGCAUGAUCUGAUGAUCUGUGUAAUAU